UCCUCCUGAUCAUAUGCGCCGCAUGCGUCAGACGUGCUGGAUUAUUGUUUUUAAAUCAGCUCUUUUAUGGACUAGUAUUUAAGUAUUUAUCAACAUUUAAUCAGCAUUUAGACCCAUGUUUUAAACUAAUCUUAACUAUUUUGUACCGUGACUCGUUUUGGCAACAUCUGUUCGCGUUUGGACCAUUUUGCGUAAUCGUUUUUAAAUCACGGAACUGAUUUUAAUUAGCAGCGAUCUAAGUCUUUUAUCGCUUUUAAAAUGAACACGAGGCGAGUCAUCGUAGAAGAGGAGUAAAAGUUUCCACCUUUCACCUGCAACGCUCUGCCUCGCUCCGUCGGCGGCAUGACCCUGGGUUCCGUGUCCGCGUCGGAGAGCUCCUCGGCGGUGAGCUUCUGCGCCUGCUGCGGGGCGAAGAUGCUGCCCUACUUCAGCGAGGACGCGGUGGUCAACAAGAACCAGAUCAAUCAGCUCAUCAGUGAGAGUUUCCUGACAGUUAAAGGGGCGGCGCUCUUUCUGCCCCGUGGCAACAGUCCCACGCCAAACUCCACCCCUCGCCUCAGCCAGCGCCGCAACAAGCACACAGGUGACCUCCAAAAACAUCUCCAGACCAUGUUCACUGUGCUGAGGCCGGAGGACACGAUACGACUGGCUGUCCGUCUGGAGAGUGCCUUCCCUCAGGUCACACGUUACAUGGUGGUCGUCUCCACCAACGGUCGCCAGGACACAGAGGAGAGCAUUGUACUGGGCAUGGACUUUGUCUCGUCCGAUAGCUGCUGCUCUGUGGGCCUGGUACUGCCUCUGUGGAGUGACACCAUGAUCCACCUGGAUGGAGACGGUGGUUUUAGCGUUUCUACGGUCAACAGGGUUCAUGUCUUCAAGCCAGUUUCUGUCCAAGCCAUGUGGUCCGCCUUGCAGUCCCUCCACAAAGCCUGUGAAGUUGCCCGUUGCCAUAACUACUACCCCGGGAGCCUGUUCCUCACCUGGGUCAGUUACUACCAGAGCCGGAUCUCCUCCAGCCAGGUCUGCGUCAAUGAGUGGAACGCCAUGCAGGACGUGGAGUCUCACCGCGCCUCCUCCCCCAUCCUCUUCACUGACCUCCCGACUGAAAGAGAACGCACGGAGAGGCUAAUCAAAAUGAGACUCAGAGAAAUCAUGAUGCAGAAAGACCUGGAAAAUGUCACCUGUAAAGAGAUCCGCACAGAGCUGGAGAUGCAAAUGGUUUGUAAUUUGCGAGAGUUCAAGGGGUUCAUCGAUAACGAGAUGAUUGUCAUCCUGGGACAGAUGGACAGCCCCACGGAAAUAUUCGACCACGUUUUUCUGGGCUCGGAGUGGAACGCCUCUAAUCUGGAGGAGCUGCAGAACAGCGGAGUCCGAUACAUCUUGAACGUGACCAGGGAGAUAGACAAUUUUUUCCCCGGGUUGUUUGAAUAUCACAACAUCAGAGUUUACGACGAAGAGGCCACGAAUCUGCUGGAAUACUGGAACGAGACCUACAAGUUUAUCACUAAAGCCAAAAAAGCCGGUGCCAAGUGCCUGGUUCACUGUAAGAUGGGCAUCAGUCGAUCAGCCUCCACUGUGAUCGCGUACGCCAUGAAGGAGUACGGCUGGAACCUGGACACGGCGCUGGAGUACGUCAAAGACAAACGCUCCGUCACAAAACCCAACCCAUCCUUCAUGAGGCAGCUCGAGGAGUACCAGGGCAUAUUGCUGGCAAGCAAACAGCGCCAUAACAAACUGUGGCGUUCCCACUCGGACAGCGACCUCUCCGACCGCUCGGACCCCUCAUGCAAACCCUCCCAAACCCUGACGCGCUCCGACUCCCACAACAACAACAGCAUCCCCUCCUCCCCCUCGUUACAGGACUUCCUAGGCGUGGCCGUUCUCCAGGCUCUGACCUCCAACCCCGUAAGCUCCUCCCCCUCGUCCUCUCCUGACUCCCGCUCCAGCGACGGGGCCGAAUCACCACAUCACGAGGAAGAGGUGAACCCUCUCCUAAACGAGCUACCCCAACCACGCGCAGCUACUGUUAUCCCAGAAGAAAGCACAGAUAAUUCAACUCGUGUUGCCAUAACUGUCCCUUUAGCGUUACCUCACCCCCCGCCUUCCAUCCACAUACUGCCCUCGACUCCCAAGAUGCAACACGCCCAGCUUGCAACAUCGCAACUUGACAAUUCAGUGCCUAAACCCAAACUUUCUCUUGAUUUGCCUGUAAAAAACGGCUCUGAUGACCUAUCUCCACAGACUUUGGGGUCUACAGAUACAGACAUUCAAGACCUUUCAGAUUUAACAAGUGAAAAAGUGUCUCCCCUUAGCCCCGCAGUCUCGGUACCUAUACUUUCUUCCAUUCAAAGCGACGACAAUAAUAACCCAAGUCAUUUGAAUAUGGACAACGCCGUAGAAGGACGCGGGGAGGGUGAUGGUUCGUCCACACACAGUACGGACAGUAUAGAUUUCUUCAGCGCUAGAGAGAAGUUUUUGGGACUAGCUCAAGAUGGGAGACCCCAGAAGCAAACGGAGCAGGGGACACAUGCUACGCUCCUGUCACCAGCCGUGGAGGAAAACAAAGAAACUGAGACUAAAGAAGAUGAUAAACUUGAGAAAGAAAAUAGCCAGACUGAAGACAGUGCUGACCCCACCCAUCACCAUGACAACUGCAUAUCCGUCCGCCAUAUUGUCACCGAGAUCGAAGCCAUAUCGCACGUCGCAUCUUCUCCGCCAACAAUAACCACCUCCUCAUCCACCCCCUGUCUGCAGCUCUCUCACCCGGAACCUCACCUCGAAUCUGGGCUCGAACCGGUCUCCGCCACCCCCCCCUCCACUCUCCAAACUGCCUCCCUGUUGCCCAGCGAGUGGCCCGUCGGAUCUGUUCGGCGAGCUACGAAACAGCUGGAGCAGAAGCUGAAACAGGAGAUGUUAGCUGUGCGAUCUCCACUGCAUUCACCCAGCAAUGAAAACUCUCCCAUGCGUACUCUGCAACAAGCAAACGAAUACACAGACUCUUCAAAACAUGGCAACACUCAGGGACAGGUUGAAUCGCCAAAAUAUUGUGACAAGAACAUUAAAAUACUUGAUGCUUCAGACUUUAUUGAUUCAAGUUGUAGCCAGGAUUUAGGUGCCGUGCAUGCAUCUACUGAAAGCCAAACUGAGAGAUCACUACAGACUGACAGCCAGAUCUUACAUACCUCAACCCCAUCCCAAAGACUGCAUAUUAGUAGCAAAGAUGUUGAACCGCAAAAUGUGAGUCUAGAUGGAGUAACUGUGCAAGAUUCGGACACAGACCCUCAAGUUUUGGGGUGCAGUCCUGAUUGCGAAGCCCAAAAUAGGUUAGCGAGGGGUAGCCAGGAACUUGAGAAAAUACAGCAAACACUAAAGGAGCUACAAGCGUUUCUUUUUGAUGGGGUAAACAUGGAGAAUCAACUUUCUGACAAAAUGGACACUGAAAUUUGUAAAGACACUCUUAGCUAUUCGAGUUUUGACGUUGCUGAAAAGGUUACAGAAGAUGAGAAAUCGCCUGUGCCGACGGGAUGGCACAGAGCUAUCGAACUUGAAGCGAGGCUACGCCAAGCCGGCCUAACCCCGCCUUCGCUAAUGAAACGAUCGGCGUCUUUGGCGAAACUUGACUCUCUUGAGCUGUCUACUAACGAUUUAAACGAUUUGGAUUUGACAUCGCAUACAAAGACUUUAUUAUCACACUCCAGAAAAUCAAAACACAGAAAAGAAAAGCAGAAAGCCUCCAAUUUUGUCCCUCUUUCGUCCAACCAAAAUGAGGAGGGUAAGUCGACGUCUUGUGUCCAAAAGGAUGACGUCGGCGAAGGGGCAGAGCUUGCACAAAAACAGGGAAAAGGACAUGCAGCUUCAUCCAGGCGUUCUCGCAAAAUCUCCACUGAUAAAAAGCAUAGAGCUGUCACUGUGCUGUACAAUACAAUGUAAAAGGACUGGAGUUGGUAUAAACUGGAUUCGAAUGCAUGUAUGUGUGAAAUUGUCAGAUUACUGGCAGUUGUAAGUAGCAGAGUAAAUGUAGAAAUGGAUGCUAGGCUGUUUGCAUGUUAAACCACUGGAUGUGCUAAAUAAACUGGAUUUCAGGUUUAAUAUGAAUGUCUAAAGACCGAAUCAUAUUAUGCAUUAUUACUGUAUGUUAUGUUCUAUUGUUUUAUAACGUUUUUCAGUGUGUUCAGACAGGGGGCGCUCUCUCAAAACAUGCACUUUACACUGUUUUUGGAUGUUGAUUUUCUUUUAUUUGGCGUUUCUUAUCCAGAGUAUUCUUUGCACUGAAGUCAGACGAGGCUAGACGGUCCUCUCUUGUAUCUUCGUUCAGAUUUUUAAACCAGGGCAAAGCUGACAUGUUGUUUCUUAAUAAAGGGCUUUAGCAAUGUCCAAAA